GGAAAAGCAGUGACAAAAGUGAAAAUGGCUCAAAAGGAGGCCCAAGGGGUUGCAGAGAAGAGGAAAGGAAGAAGGGAACCUGGGAGUUUAAUUAGGUCCAGUGCCGCUGCUUGUGUAUGUGCUUUUCUCGCAGUAUAUGGAGUUGGCGGGGAGGCAUUUACACGACUUUGGCGACUUGGUUUUGUUGCCAGUUUCUGUACUAAGUUGAGUGAUACCGUCUCAAGUGAGAUUGGGAAAGCAUAUGGCAAAACAACGUAUCUGGUCACAGACUUUCGAAUUGUUCUUAGGGGAACAGAAGGAGCUGUCAGUCUUGAAGGAACAGUUGCUGGAUUUCUAGCAUCUGUACUGCUUGCCUGUAUCGGUUGUCUACUGGGGGAGAUAAGUGUACCUGAGGUGCUGAUAUGCGUAAUAGCUUCUCAAAUUGCUAAUCUUGGUGAGAGUAUAAUCGGUUCUUCAUUCCAAGGGAAAGAAGGAUUUCGUUGGCUGAACAAUGAUGCUGUUAAUGUCAUCAACAUAUCCAUAGGCUGCAUUUUGGCAGUCUUAAUGCAACAAAUCCUCCAGAACUGGCAAAUGUAAGUUCACCCGAUCGUCGCUUCCGCGAUCUCAAGUAACACGAAAGA